AUGGUAGGCGUUGACAAUCUGCUUCAAGCUGUCUCUUUAGCCAUCCUCUAUGCACCGACCACCUCGGCAUCCCCCUUUCCAGGAAGUGUCAAGUACACCACUCACCACGUUCGCGAAGUUGGCAAAGGUGUCCGAAUCGAGACUUUUCAUCCUCCAUCAACAUACGAAACGUUCGGAACAGGUAUUGACCACCCACUUGUCGAGCGUGACAAUCCCGACCUGGAGGAGUCCGCCAUUGCAUUUGUGGGCUCUAGACUCGGUGUUUCCAAAAGCGCUAUCACAUUCAAGUCGGGCUUCACUGGGGAGACUACGAGACGUGCUUUCGUCAAACAAACUCACGAUGGAGUUCCAUUCGCGAACGCCGUUGCAAACAUCGCGUUCAACCGCGAAAACAGGGUUGUUGCAUUCGGGACCUCCUUCGUGAAACCCACUAGAGUCUCUUCGUCGCAGCCUAGUAUCCCCAUUGGCGAUGCCAUAGCCAAAGCGGAAGAACUCAUCGAUGGAAAAUACAACGGUCAUCCACCCUCCAUUGAAUUCCUCGCCCUUCCGGAUGGUUCGGCAGUGCUCACGCACGUAAUCCAGAUACAGAACGAUAAAACCGGCACAUGGGUUGAGGCAUUCAUUGACGCCCAUACGGGCCAACUCCGUUCGGUUACCGACUUCGUAAACAAAUUCUCGUACCUGGUUUUGCCCAUUGCUAUUGAGGUACCUACAGAGGGCUUCCAGGUCCUCCUCGAUCCGCAAGAUACAGUAGCCUCGCCCCUUGGAUGGCACAGCGACGGUACCACCUCGACCACGGCAACGGCGGGUAACAAUGUCAUCGCGUCGAAAGGCGCACCCACCCCUCAGACCCCUCCUACUUCACCAGGCAACGUAAACGCUGCGGUAGUUAAUGCUUUCUACGUGGUCAACACUGUCCACGAUUUUUCAUACCGAUAUGGCUUUACAGAGUCCGCCUUCAACUUCCAAACCAAUAAUUUCGGGAAUGGAGGUCGAGAAAACGACCGUGUUGUUGUUUCUGUCCAGAGUGCCGCCGGGAACAAUAACGCUGACUUCGCCACACCACCCGACGCCUUGGAGAACGACAUCCUAGUGCACGAAAACACCCACGGGAUAACUAACCGGAUGACUGGCGGAGGGACAGGCAGGUGUUUGCAGACCACCGAGGCUGGUGGUAUGGGCGAAGGCUGGAGUGAUGCCAUGGCCGAAUGGACGGAACACAAAUCCGCCGACGUCCCCGACUAUGUUAUGGGCCAGUUCGUUACCAACACCACAGCUGGUAUUCGUACUCACCCCUACUCAACUUCGCCAACUGUCAACCCCUUACGGUAUUCAUCCAUCGCAACCCUUAGCGAAGUUCAUGACAUCGGCGAGGUAUGGGCAAACAUGCUCCAUAACGUUUAUUCUGCCCUUGUGGGGGCACAUGGCUUCUCCACCACGGCACGUACAAAUCCGGGUGGAACCGAGGGGAACAUUGUAUUCCUACAUCUAUUCAUAGACGCUUUGGCCUUGCAGCCGUGCAAUCCAACACUACCUGCUGCAAGAGAUGCCUGGAUCCAGGCUGAUGCAAACAGAUAUGGGGGCGCUAACGUAUGCAUCCUGUGGCAAGCAUUUGCUAGUCGUGGUCUGGGUGUUGGUGCGGCCGGCCACAGAGAUUCAACCACUGUCCCCGAUGGGUGCUAA